AUGCCAAUUAAACCGUUACGGAGAAAGCUUAAUAGAACACCGUCUCAUAGACGAAGUUUAUUAAGAAAUAUUGUGUCUUGCUUAAUAAUAUAUGAAUCAAUUGAAACAACUUUUUCCAAAGCUAAAGAAGCACAAAAAAUUGCUGACAGAUUAAUUACAUAUGCAAAGAAAGGCCUUAACAAUCCUUUUCUAUAUAAACGUAUAGAAUCAAUUAAACCAGAAAAAACUAUUCCAAAACUACGUAAAAUAGUUUCGGAAAGAUUUUUGGAAAGGCCAGGUGGUUAUACUCGUGUUUUAAAACUACCAUCAAGAAAAAGUGAUUCAGCACCUAUGGCUGUUUUAGAAUAUAUUGAUGGGCCAAAAGAUACUCGAUUUCUUAUGACAGUAAAAACCAUGAUUAAUAAUGAAAAAUUGAAAAAAGAGAUCUCGGAAAAAACUAUGAAGAAUAUUAAAAAAGCAAUAUGCUUUAGAAAAGAUGGCUUAACUACUUUUAAAAAUAUAAAAAAUGAAUUUUAUCAUUUUUUUAAUGCAAAAAAAGAAAAAACAUAA